AAUUUCUCCUGAUAGAUCCAUGGAGAAAACCUGCUCGAAAAGUCUACAAAACGUUCACUUUCUAAGGAUUUAUGAACCGUUUUCCAGUUGUUUCAACGGUUCUACGUGACGUUUGAAUCGGUGUCAUUGUUGGAUAUAAAUCCCCCCCCCCCUGCAGGUGAUGGAGAAGGUGUUUCGCUCUGCGGGUCGUCAUGGUUACGCUGUGGAGGUUUCCCCCUUCUUCCCCCACAGAGUCGCCUGCGCUGCGGCUCAGCACUACGGCAUCGCUGGGUGCGGCACCCUGCUGGUCCUGGAUCAGACAGAGACGGGAGUAACUUUAGUGAGAAGCUGGCAGUGGGGUGACGGUCUGUUUGAUGUAUCUUGGAGUGAAGUUAACGAGCAUCUAUUGGUCGCUGGAGGCGGAGACGGCAGUUUGCAGCUUUGGGAUUCAGCCAAUCACAGCGCUCCGUUGCGGGCGGCCAAAGAACACACACAGGAGGUGUAUUCUGUGGACUGGAGUCAGACUAGAGGAGAGAACCUCAUCGUCUCCGGGUCGUGGGAUCAAACGGCUAAAGUGUGGGACCCGUCUCUCAGCCAAUCAGUGUCCACGCUCAGAGGUCAUGAAGGGGUCAUCUACAGCACCGUUUGGUCGCCUCACAUCCCAGGGUGCUUUGCGUCAGCCUCAG